AUGGAGCAUGUCUCUACACUUUGUGCGCUUGGCACCGUCGGCGUUGCAGCCACGGGGCUGGGAUUCGGUCGUGUAGAAGGUCCCUCCAAACCUGAACUUCACCGCAGAUCCAUCUUCUCAUCCUACGACCGCUCCGCGCCCGCCACUCCCUUCGCAGACCUUCAAACCUUCUCCGAUGCGCGACCUGGGUCUCGACACCUAGGAUCGAAAAGAUACGAUGUCUCUCCACACUCCGAGGCCUUCUCAAGAGGCAGCGACAGCUUUGAUACCCCUAAUAGCGAGGGGGAUGCGAAUUUACGAAAGGAAGCAAUACUGGGCCCCGCAAGACUGCGUCGCCGUCGCCAGACAUAUACCAACCCGCCAGUCACGCAAACUGCAGAAGAUGACUCGGUCGCAUCUCAUGCUAGGCGGCCAUCGUCUUCCUGGUUAAGGCGACUGUCCGGUGUCUCACAUUUAACUGAGAGCGUUUCCAGUCCCAGACCGACCACGGCAUCCUUUGACGGCUCAACUGCUCCUAUUCUUAAUGAGUCGUCAGGUCAGCGCCGGGAACCCAACAAGCUUGUCAAAAGAACCAUUUCGCAACAUGGAAAUGGUAAAUCGCUAUUUCAUCGGUCGUCGCUGAGCAUCACGGCUGCGCCGAUUUUACGGAGACCUGCAACCAGCUACCAAAGAUCCGAGUCGCUCAAGUUUCCUGAUCUUGUCGGAGCUCCUUCUGACGAUACGAAUCUCAGUCCUGCUGUAGCUUUGGUCUCUGGUGGCUCUUGGUUGCCCUACUUUCGAUCUAGUCUUGAUGGACUGCGGGACAAGGCGAUGAGAAGGUUUUCGACCGCAACUAAGCCGAAAGAUCAACCUAUCCGCCGCAUACUCCCAACCAACAACGUCGCUCCAACACUUCUCCUGGCUACGUCUAUCAGUAGGCAGGAAGCGAAUGGCGAUCAUAAAUGGGAUCAAGCGUCUGGCACCCCGGUGCAGUUUCGCGAUCCAUUUUCGUCUACUAUUUCGGUCCCGAAGCUGAAGGAUCCUCCUUUCUCAAAGGUUACAAGCAAGUUAGAACACUCCUCUGACACCAAUAACAAGGGAAGUCCCCAAGAAAGGGUAGAUAUGAACGGAGGUGUGGAUUCAGGGCUGCAGAAUGAUACCUUGACCCAUGCUAAGGGGAGAGCUCUGUCGACGCCUGUCCCUGAGGUGACAAAGUUGGAAAGAACAGCCCUCGGGGGUCCCAGAGUGCAAAGAAGACGGAAUAUCACCGACCCAAAUGUAUUUCGCCGCCCACAGAACGCGUCUGCCCCUGGACUUUCCAUUUCACUCCCUCCCAAGAUCCGUAAUUCCUCUGGGAGCUACGGUUCGGCCCUGUCUCCUCAGAACCUUCGGGACGGGAUGAUCCCCGGCAGCGAUGCUUUUCAACGCCCGUCGACUGCAGACGCGUUGCCGGUCUCGCCUACGUCUCGUCCAUUUGAGCUAAGGCCUUCUCCUCCAGCCCGCCAGCGCACAACGCGUCUUUCUUCUAUCGCAAUUUCCAACCCCUCGUCAACCGUGAUUGGUUCAGAUGAUACCCGCGUCUUUACUUCCGGGGAUGAAGAUGAAUCUGACUUUCUCAGUGAUACCGCCUUCGAUUCAGUGCGUACGCGUGUUACUCUGAAUAGUGUGUCGGAUAUCUGUAGUCCUCGGAUCGAAGGGCUCUUUGAUAGAAAUCAGGGCCAGUCUGUGGUGGUGGGGCAUGGGGGACUCAGCGGCCUCCCAGACGUUCUCCCACCUACUACUUUCUCUUUCCCUGAAACAAAUCAGGAGCCCGAUCAGAUUUCCAUCUUGGAUACGGCUCAUAAGUCCAGUUUAUCCGAGGCUGAUCGUUCCUCUCACAUGUUUGACAACAAAGGACCGAUGACCAGUUCUAUUUCGCUAUCGUCGGAUGACCAGGAUGCCUGCAGCCUAGUGGGUGCGCUACCCAGUGAGCUCAAUGCCCAGUUUGGCAGGCGGUUGGCCGUAUUCCCCGAUGACGAAGAUGAUUUCGGCGCCUCCUGGGAUGCGAACCUGAGCGUUUUUUCUACAAAGACAGAUACCCAUACAACACACCCCGAUUCUCGCAGCCUAAAUGAUACGUAUCCAAAGAUGAAUCCUUUCGACUGGUCUGAAGACCCCAGGAAUGAACGGGAAACCGAAGGGACUGAGGUGCGCCCCAGAACUGUGCAUGGCAAACAAGGCGGCGGUGACUUGAGGGGCAGCCGCCCGCCCGCCCGUAAGGGAGCGCAUACACUGCACCUUCGCAGCCAAAGUGUUCCCGUGGCUAGAGAGCCUGCAUUGAGCAACGACUCGCGCCAACCCCCUGGGAAAUUUGGUACUUGGGGCCUGGGCAGCAAGGGUGUCAGCGAAGACUGGGACAGUGAUUUCGAAUUCGAAGAUGCGGAUAACAGCAUGAUAAGCGACAGCAACAAAGACAUCACUACUAAAGUCGGCGGUUCUCGGGGAAUGUUCGUUCCACAGGCCAUCAUGGAGCGUCAAGCCAGUCUUCAUGGCCAGUUCGGCCAUGUCCAGGAACUUACUUUGUUGGUUGAAGAGAUGAAACGUCUGCGUCACCAAGCGAGCCUUUUACAAAUCGCCAAAGGUCCAUCCAGUGAGCUGUGGAGAGAGGCAGAGGGUAUUGUCAACCUCGCUACUGUCGAUGAUGAGGAACAUUACCCCUCCCCCCCACGCUCUCCUUCAUCGCUGACAUUCAGCUUCAACGAUUCUGAGGAAGAAGCUCACCCAAGGCCCAACUCCGCGGACCGUAACAGCGGAGAAUCAUGGCAAACACCACCUUCCGAGCAUACUGGAUCAAAUAGUCCCAUCAACUCUCCCGACAGACUCGUCAAGGAUCUUCCUGCGAGACCCAAGUCUGUUUUGGACAUGAUUUAUCAACAACGCCCGGCUUGUGAGCCACUCCAUCUUGACGUCAAAGGUCCUCCUCCUCAAAAAGUCGCUUUUGAUACUCAGUCUCUACGAGACCUAGUUGUGCGGGCAGGUGUAGUGACCCGUGCUUUGAAAGAUGUGAUUCGCAAAGCAGAAGGUGUCACUUCCACCUCUGAUGAGCCCCUUCCAACCUCUAAUCCCCCCUUCAGUCGCAUUUUCGAUCAGCCCCCCACCGUAUUUUCUAACUACGAAGCUGGUUACGUCAAUUAG